CAAUGCCAAAAAUAAAUAAAAAGAUAUGGAAAAGUAUAGGAUAAGUAAUUUAAAUGAGAGUUAAGAUUGCUAGAAAUUACUAUAAUUGCUCUGACAUGAAUUCCUGUGUAAAUCAGACAUGCAGUAAGUCACUUGCUGUCACUGCAUCCUUCUUUUUUGGUACGAUCUAGCGCACUAUGAUAUUCCAAACUGUUGUAUGUAAACAGUUUAAACUGCAAACCACGAACAAGGAAGCAGUAGGAAGUAGAAACACUGCAGAGAGGUGUUGUCAUAGAAAUGGAAAAACACAAGCACUGGUCAGUUGUAGGACGUUGUUUUCUUUCAUAGCCACCAGUUUCUUAAAAGAGCACUCCACCGAUUUAGCAUCGCACUUUUAUAACAUUGUCGGACUCAGUGACAUUAUAGCUAUAGACCUCUUUUGCACUGCUUCAUGAUAUCUCUUUGUGGGUUAAAAUUAGAGGUUAAUGGAACAUUGUUUGUGUGUGUGUUUUGUGUGAGUGCAUGGCUUGAAGCGACUCCCUCUUAGUCCAGAGCUGUGUGUAAUUAGAGCCUCUUGACCUGUCUGCUGUGACCUCUCACCUUUGACGUUUAAAAGAGGACAACUUCAUCCCUCCCUUCUCAGAUUUCGUAUAUCCAACAUGUCCAAGGGCUUGAGGAACAAGCCAAAGAAGACAGGACAUGUCAAACCAGACCUUAUAGACGUGGACUUGGUUAGAGGUUCGGCGUUUGCCAAGGCCAAACCAGAGAGUCCGUGGACGUCACUGACCAGGAAAGGCAUCGUCAGAGUCGUCUUCUUCCCGUUCUUUUAUCGCUGGUGGAUCCAGGUCACCUCCAGAGCCAUUUACCUCUUACUGCUGGCUCUCUAUCUGCUGCAAGUGGCGGCAGCAGUCCUGUAUGUGAUCAUCCCUCAGCCUCAUGGGAUACCAACCACCGAGGUGUUUGGAGCCAUAUGGCUCAUGUUGCUGCUGGGCACCGUCCACUGUCAGAUCGUCUCCACCAGGACCCCGAAACCUGCCUCCAGCAGCGGGGGAAAGAGACGCAGGAAGUUGAGGAAGGCAUCUCAGAUGGAGGUGCAUAGGGAAGGCGACGGGUCUAGCACUACCGAUAACACACAGGAGGGGGCGCCACACUCCCACUCAGCCAGCACCACAUACAGCCUGGGCGCUCUCUUCCAAGAUUUCUGGCAUGAUAUCUGUAAAGCUGGAUCUAAGAAGUCCAAGCUGUCCAUUGACAAGUCGACUGAGACGGACAACGGCUACGUGUCGCUGGACGGCCGGGUGACCAAUCGCAGCAGCGAGGAGGGGCUUCAGCUCCACGAGCAGCGAUGUGAUUUGCUAAACAGGGCUGACGAGGUGUGCUGGAACUCCCACGUCCAGCCCGCACACACUCACACACACACACCCCGCAGCACGGGACUGAUGCUGGCAAGCGGCAAUAAGGAGCCAGCGUCAGAUGAGGCAUCCAGUGAGGAGGACGCUGAAGCAUCCUACAGCUCCCUCCGCAGGGGAGUUGAAAGAAUGAACAGUGACUGUACGCUCAGAAACCGCAAGAAUACACACCACUACAAGAAACACUACGCUGUGGAGGUAAACACACACACAGAUAAGGACGUCCCCAAGUCCGGCACCAGCUGCAGCUCCAGAUGUUCCAGUCUGAGGACUCAGGACUCUGAGAGCACUCGACACGAGUCCGAGACAGAGGACCUGAUGUGGGAGGAUUUCCUGCACUGUGCAGAGUGCAGAUCAUCCUGCACCUCCGAGACGGAGGGAGAAGGAGGAGGGACGCCUGUCUGUCCCCCUGCUAAAAAGGAAUACAGAGACGACCCUUUCCAUCAGGGUCACGUUCCCUGGCUGCACAGCUCCAACCCCGGUCUGGAGAGAGUGAGCGCCAUAGUGUGGGAGGGAAACGAGUGUAAGAAGGCCGACAUGUCCGUCCUGGAGAUCAGCGGCAUGAUCAUGAACAAAGUGAAUCUUUACACUCCUGGUAUUGGUUACCAGGUGUUAGGGAACCUGGUUUCCGUGACACUCGGCCUCACACCUUUUGCGUACAGGCUGGCUCAGUACCGUGACCUGGAUCAGCUGACCACGCUCUCAGCCAAUGAGCUGCUGUUGGUGGCGCUGGGAGGCGGUUCUGGAUCAGAUGCCUUAGUGAUCACCAUGGUGACACUCAGCUUCCUGGUGCGCGUUUGCCUUAUAUGGCUCUUCUUCUUCCUGCUCAGCGUAGCAGAGAGGACCUACAAACAGAGGCUACUGUUUGCCAAGCUGUUCGGUCACCUGACUUCAGCCCGCAGAGCCAGGAAGUCUGAAGUGCCCCAUUUUAGACUGAAGAAAGUUCAGAAUAUCAAGAUGUGGCUGUCAUUACGCUCCUACCUCAAGAGACGGGGUCCUCAGCGUUCAGUGGAUGUGAUCGUGUCGUCUGCCUUCCUGCUCACUCUGUCUGUCGUCUUCAUCUGCUGUGCCCAGUUGCUCCACGUCCAUGAAACGUUCCUGGAGUGUCACUACAACUGGGAGCUGGUGAUCUGGUGCUCCAGUCUGUCUCUGUUCCUGCUCAGGUUCGUCACUCUGGGCUCCGAGACCAGCAAGAAGUACAGCAACACCUCCAUACUGCUCACUGAACAGAUCAACCUGUAUCUGAAGAUGGAGAAGAAGCCAAACAAGAAAGAGGAGCUGACGCUGGUUAACAACGUCUUAAAACUGGCUACCAAACUACUCAAGGAGUUAGACACUCCUUUCAGGUUGUAUGGUUUGACUAUGAACCCUCUGCUCUACAACAUCACCCAGGUGGUCAUCCUGUCUGCCGUGUCAGGAGUCAUAUCUGACUUAUUAGGAUUUAACCUGAAGCUGUGGAAGAUCAAAUCAUGACAGUGAACGGAGAAACAGCGUUGACCUUCACUCUCACCGACUCACUGAACGUCGGUCUCGACAUAUCGGAGUGCUUUGACCUUCAACGUUCCCACUUUGUGCAAUUCACAAACUAUUUAUUUACCCACUCAGUGUUUUUAACUUAGGGUUUAUUUGAAUUAUAGUUUGUUUCAUUUUUUGUGUUCUGUGACACAAAACAAAGCUAUGUUACUUGUCUACAAAAAGUGUAUUAUAAGCAUAAGUUAUUAUGUUUACCGUGAUGGUUCUCAGCAGUUUACAAGGCAAAGUAUUGCGCUGCAGAUGGGGCAAAAAUCAUUGUCAUUUGUGUUUUAUUUGCUUAAACUUAUUUACAUGUUGAGUAAGUAUAAAAACAAAACUUCAAUCUGUUACGACCUUAAAACCAGUUUUAAAAAUACAUACAUUAGUCAGUGGUUUUCUUCCGACAACAAAGAAAUAGGUAUAUGUUGUGAUCAAACUACAGUUACAAGGAUACUUUAUCAUCUCAAAUCUGGCUGUUUUGGUGCAGAAAAUGGUCCACUAAAUUUGGGGUAAUUCCUGGUGUUUGACAGUUUUGAGUUCUCAGCAACUCACUUCCUCAAAUAAAAUUUACAACUAACCUCAGUUCCCUAGUCAUACCAGCUCCCAGAUGUAGACGCUUAAAAUAAAUGACAUCUGUUAACAGUACCAUUCUGCAGGUCAAGUUUUGAAUUUGCGGACUUAACUGAGAAAAUUGUUCUCGCCGGGGAGAGAGGUGAAAUGCCAGACAGCAUCAGCCCUGCAGAGAAACAAUCAUCCAGUUAACAGAACAUGGAGAAUAGGUGACAUUUACAGGAACCUCCGUAGCCACAGGUGUGUAAAAAGCUCAAUGUGGAUCUCACAAAAUGAAAAAUGCAUACAUAAUCGAUACAGACCUGAAAAGAUCCUUUUUACUGAGUUUUAAUUUCAUGAUCUGUAGCAGUGAGUUUGACAGUAUUUCAGGCAACACGUGUGUAAGGUAAUAACAUGUCCUCUCUGGUUCAGGACGUUUUAUUACAACUUCUGUUAGCAGAGCUUGACAAAAAGUUACAGAGACUUGUAACUUUUGUGAAGUGCAGAUUAGGACAUCAGCCUAUUCCCUGCAUGUGAAACUACUUCCUAAAUUAGUAAACUCUCUGCCUGAUUUGUUGUAGAUUUGUCUCUCAAACUGAGAAUGUGUCUGAAAUCACUCCUUAUUUACGGUUUAGUGCACUACGUUUACUCUCCGCCAUUUUGUUUCCGAGUGUGAAAUGUAUGCUCUAUAAAGUCUCCUUAAAAAAAGUCCAACAAGGGAAUGUAGUUUUUUUUAAUAGAUGUGAAAAUUACUGUUGUGUUAUUCUACAGCAGUAAAUGACGAAGAUUCAUAAGUACUCAAUAUCAAUUUACUGAUCACUAUAGAGGAAAUAUUGAGUAUCUAGAAAAUAGUGAAUGAGUGAACAAGGGAGUGAUUUCAGACACAGACUGAGUCUAGUCAAUAAUUUUAGGAAAUCCCCUGCUGAAUUGUUCCAUUAUAAAUGAUACAGUAUAGCAACACGUUUACUAUUUGUAAAGAAAAACAUUGAAUAUUGAUUAAAUUUAGCUUUUUGGAGCUUUUCUGAUAUCGUGUUGUAUCCUACAUAUAACAGCAUGAGAGUUGAGCUCCUGAAAGUUUUUGGACAGUUUAAUUGGUCAGUUUGUGUCACUCAGGAUUCAACGGUUCCAUCAAUUCAACCAGUUUAGAAAUUCAGUGUUUUUUAUUAUACAUCAAACUCUUAAUAGCUAAUUAGACAGUAGAUUCACGUGCAUGACGUUUGACAGUGAUCAAAGUGAAAGUCUGCAGGUAAAACAUUUCUGAACGUGAAUGAAGAUAUGCACUUUAAAAAAGAGGAAAAGAAGUUACAUCUCAUUUUAAUGUCAAAAUGGCAAGAGUUUUUUUUUUGUACCUCACCUGCUUCACACAGUAUGUGUGUUUGCUGUUCAAGCGAAUGUUAGCGCUGAGCUUAAAAGUAGUGUAUUGAACAUUCACAUCACUCUGAAAUCCUACAUGGUACGCGAAGUCAUCGUGCCCACAGAAACAUCUUACAUUUGACACAAGCUGUUGCCUCAGUUAAUGAGUUAGCACUUUGCUAACUGAAACUUCAUAAAAAUGCGAGCAUAAUCAUCUUCAGUUUGUUUGAGGAGGAAGACCAAAGUGCUUAUUUUACUGUUUGUUUUUUGUUCGUCUCUGCUGGAAAAAGAAUGUAUUUGCAGCAUUAUGCUUUAAGACCCAUUUGUAAAGGUUGUUUUCUCACGCUCGUUGGAAAGGCGAGGCACGUUUUACUGUGUUUUUAAAGGAACAAAGAAGUUUGAAAUGUAUGUAUGAAAAUGAAUCUAGGUAAAUGACUCGAUUUGUUGUGAUUCUGUUUUCAAAGAGUCUGAAUAUUUAGAGGGUUUUUUUUUGUGAAGUGGUCUGUCCACAAGGUCUACGUUUUUAUAAGAAAAAUAAAACGAAAUGGAUGCUGA